AUGACUGGCAGCUGCUCUUCCAGGAAAUGCCCCUCCACACCAGCCAUCUCUCUCUGCUCCAGGGAGGUAAGCUUCAGAGGGCCCAUCUUCUUGCCCAGUUCUUGCCGGAGGCAGAAGUGGCAACUGGUGACUUGUCAAGAUGGCUGCGGAUCAUCUAGCUGUGGCCCCCAGUGCUGUCAGCCUUCCUGUCCCGUGAGUACCAGUGCCCAGCCUGUGUGCAGUGAAACCACGAUUUGUGAGCCCUCCUGCUCCUUGAGUACCUGUGCCCAGCCUGUGUGCUGUGAAGCCACGAUUUGUGAGCCCUCUUGCUCCUUGAGUACCUGUGCCCAGCCAGUGUGCUGUGAGGCCACAAUCUGUGAGCCUUCCUCCUCUGCGAGUACCUGUGCCCAGCCUGCAAGCUGCGAAGCUACACCUUGUGAACCUUCUUGCUCUGUAAGCAGUUGCUGCCAACCUGUGUGCUGUGAGGCCACCUCUUGCCAACCAGUCCUUUGUGUGCCCACUUCCUGCCAGCCAGUCUUCUGUGAACCCACCUGCAGCCACCCUGUCAUCUGUGAGCCCAGCUGCUGCUCAGCUGUUGGCACGGUGCCCAGUUCCUGCCAACCAGUGGUUUGUGAGCCUACUUGCUGUCAGCCGGUGUGCCCAAGGCCCAGCUACUGUCCAUCUGUCUGCUCAGUGACCAGUAGCUGCCAGCCCAUCUGCUGUGACCCCAGUUCUAGUGAGCCAUCUUGCUCAGAGGCCAGUAUCUGCCAGCCUGCUACCUGUGUGGCUCUGGUCUGUGAGCCUGUUUGCCUCCACCCUGUCUGCUGUGUUUCGAGCCCUUGCGAGCCAUCUUGUGUCUCCAGCACCUGCCAUGAGCCCUCUUGUUGUGUCUCCAGUAUCUGCCAACCCAUCUGCUCUGAGUCUAGCCCCUGCUCACAAAGUGUCUGUGUUGUAUCUGUGCCCAGCCCAUGCCAAUCUACUUGCUACAUCGUCAAGCACUACCAGUCUGUCUUCUGUGAGCCUGUUUCCUGCACUUCCACCCCCUGCCAACCUCUUUGUUGCCACCCAGGGUCUUCUGCAUCUGCCAUCUGCCAACCAACUUGCUCUCGGCCCACUUUCUACAUACCAAGUUCCUGCAGACAGCCUUGCAGUACUUCAAUUUCCUACCGUCCGAUUUGCCGCCCCAUCUGCUCUGGCCCCAUCACAUACAGGCAGCCGUAUGUGACGUCCAUCUCCUACCGCCCUGCCUGCUACCGCCCUUUUCACUCCAUCCUGCGCCGUCCGGCCUAUGUCACUUCCUUCUCCUACCGCCCAGUCGGCUCCUGCGUGCCAUGUGCCGAGUCUGAUUCCUGCAAACAGGAUUGCAAGAAGUCCACUUCCAGCCAACCGGAUUAUGCUGACUCAACCCCCUGCAAGGAGGCUGUCUCAGAGGUGAGUCCCUGCUUGCCCACUGCUGCUAAAUCCACGAGCUCGACUACCUGUGAGGCACAGCCGGCCAGCCUGCUGCCAGCAAACCUGCUGACUCCUGAACUGGCCUCAGCCCACCCAUUCCUGCAGAGCAAGUCACCACCUAGACAGAAACCUUGA